AUGUACGCGGCGGCGGGCGGCGCGUCGCUCGCGGGCCGUAAGGCGCGCCAGCACGGCCGGCAGCCCGCGCCGCCGAGCCCGCAUUCGCACAGCCCACCGCACCCCGCGCCGACCGGCGUCCGCGCCUACUCCUGCCAACAUUGGGAGUCCCGCCUGCUUGCGCCGCCGCGACCUCUCUCCGCACUCGUCUCCGAGCCACAUUCACCAUGCGAUACCGUCGAGUGUGCAGCUGGGCGCGCGGCGUGGCAGGAGGCGGCGGCAGUGUCCGUUGGUGGGGGCGGCACCGGCGCAGGGGGCGCGGCAAGACGCUGCUCCGUGCUCGGCGACCACCCUGGGGCCAGGCGAGACCCACGCGGCAAAUGGCACAGAAACAACCGGGUGCGAGACGCUUCGUAUGGGUCAUCAUCAGAGUCGGAAGGCGAGGCGGAAGGGACGAGCGGGGAGCCGUGGGGCGUUGCGCGACUGUUAUAUGCUGGUCUCGGUAUCCUCGCCGUGGGGCUCGUCGUAUACUUCGUUGGCACCGGGGACAAGGGUUUCAAAACGCCAGCUCUACGUCUGGUGGGACCAUCGCUCAUCAUCGCUGGUUUGGCGUGCUGUUUGCUGCGUAUCACCUUUUGCAUAUUUGCAAAGCCUUGCUGCCGACGGCGGACCAAUUACAAGGAGAGCAGAAGACUGUCCGGAUGCGGGGAGGGGGAGGAGAUGCCGCUGGCCGGCGGCGCGGCGGGCGGGCUGCGCGGCCUGCGCGCCGGGCCCGCGCAGUGCUCGCCCGCGCGCCGCCUCGACGCCUCCUCCUGCGACGUGUCCAGCCUCUCCAGCGGGGAGGAGGACGAGCGCCUGCGCCGGUACCGCACUGCCUCCGCGCCCUCGCAUCUCUCCGUGCAUGCUGCCUCGCUGCCGCAGGGCUCACCGCAGCCGGGUGCGGGCGCACAGAGCAGCUCGCCCGCGACGCCGCGGCCGGCCCUGGCGCUGCAGGCGAGCGCGCUGGCGGGCCCGGCGGGUGUGGCGGGUGUGGCGGGGGCCGCGGGGGUCGCGGGGGCCACCGCGGGGGUCGCGGGCCCGCGCCGGCCGCCGCCGCGCAACGUGUCGUUCGCCGGCGCCGCCGACGGCGAGCUCGUGCUCAGCCCCGCCCAGCUGCGCUCCUAA